UGGUGUGUUUCCGCCUUAUCUCCGCUCCCGCUUCCGUUGCGUUCAGGAAUAAUGGAGACGCUGGUAGUUUAAGACGAAGAGAGACUGAGGCGAACCCCCCCCCCCAAAAAUACAAACAAGUUAUCACGCUUUAAUAAAAAUAACGGCGACAGAUUGAAGCAGCUGUGACCAUUAUGUGAUCCAUUUUCAGCAGCUUCCCACACAGAGCUUCCUGGCGUAGAAUAGUGGCAGGACUCCCCCUUCGACGAUGGAGAACUCGGACAGCGCAGAUCAAGGAGGCAGCGAGCAGUCUGAAGCACAGCGCCAGAGACAGCAGGAUCGGCUGGAUCGAGAGGAGGCUUUCUACCACUUUGUGAACAACCUGAGCGAGGAAGACUACCGGCUCAUGAGAGACAACAACUUGCUCGGCACUCCUGGUGAAAUUACUGAAGAAGAGUUACUGGGUCGCCUACAGCAAAUUAAGGAUAGACCAGAGCAACAGAACAGUGGAGAAAGCAGAAAUGAAGAAAAUAGGGCAGAAGAUGGUCCUGAAGCCACAGAAGAUGGUUCUAACGGAGACUCCAUUCUAGACUGGUUGAACUCUGUGAGACAAACUGGAAACACUACAAGAAGUGGCCACAGAGGGAACCAGUCGUGGAGGGCAGUGAGCCAAACUAACCCAAACAGUGGAGACUUUAGAUUCAGCUUGGAAAUCAAUAUCAACCGGAACUUAGCAGAGCAACAGGCCAGGGCCGAGGGGGAGCAGCUGCCGAGGGAGGAUGGUGAACAGCCUGAGAUGAUGGAGGGGGAGCUGCCCAUGGACACCACUCCGGAGCCAGAGACACCUGCUCCUGUUAGGGAGCCGGGGCCACAGCCGGAGCCGCAGCAGGAGCCGGAGCAGCAGCCGGAGCAGCAGCAGGAGCCGGAGCCGCAGCCGCAGCCGCAGCCGGAGCCGCAGCCGGAGCCGCAGCCGGAGCCGCAGCCGGAGCCGCAGCCGGAGCCGGAGCAGGAGCCGCAGCCGGAGCCGCAGCCGGAGCCGGAGCCGGAGCCGCAGCCGGAGCCGGAGCCGGAGCCGGAGCCGGAGCCGGAGCCGGAGCCGGAGCCGGAGCCGGAGCAGGAGCCGGAGCCGGAGCAGGAGCUGCAGCCGGAGCCGGAGCCUCCCAGGCCCGAGACUCCUCCAGAAGUUUUACUUCCACAGCUCGAGAGUCUCGAAGUUGAGGAGCCCACUCGGAGGGGACAGCGAAGAGCCAGGAGUCGAAGCCCAGAAUUGAGGAGAACUAGAGCUCGAAACGAGAGGAGCCGCUCACCACUGAACCUCGGAGGGGAGGUUCUGCUGCGCCGGGCUCGCCGCAGUACGCCAUUGCAAACGCCACCUUCUCCAGUUGAACCUCAGAUUGAAGGAAGCUCCAGAACCAGACAGCAUGUGUUAUCAAGGCAGAGCACUGUGGAAUACGAUGUUCAGAUGGAGAAUUCACCUGCAGAAGCAGACACAGACUCUGCUCCUGUUCCUGCUUCUGCUCCAGCAGAAUCUGUAGAAGCCUCUCGAGAACUGGAGAACCCCUCUGAGACUGCUUCUAGCAGCGAGGCCAGUGCGGCUGGGAGGAGACCCCCCACCAUCAUGUUGGACCUUCAGGUGCGGAGAGUCCGUCCUGGAGAGUACCGGCAGAGGGACAGUAUAGCCAGCCGCACCAGGUCCCGCUCGCAGACCCCCAACAACACCUACACGUAUGAGAGUGAGCGAGGGGGAUUCCGGCGCACUUUCUCCCAUUCCGAGAGGGCAGGUGUGCGGACUUAUGUCAGUACCAUCCGGAUUCCGAUCCGCAGAAUUUCGGAUGCAGGGCUUAGUGAGGCAACAUCCAUGGCCCUGCAGACUAUGAUCAGGCAGAUAAUGACUGGCUUUGGGGAGCUGAGCUAUUUCAUGGAUAGUGACAGUGACUCGGACUCCAACAGAGGCCAAAACCCUGUGUUGGAGCCCCCGGAGUCACAAACACCCAGCAACAGUAGCAACAGCUCAGUCCCGGAGACCCCAGAGCCACAAACCAUGGAAGAACACAGGGACACCACCACUGAAAUCAGCUCACCUACUGUGGCCGGAAGGGAGAGCCGUGGAGCCCGGGGUCCCAUCAGUCUAGAGGAGCCUGGGUCGUUGCCAUUCCUCCGAUUGGCACACUUUUUCCUUUUGAAUGACGACGAUGAUGACCAACCCAGGGGUCUCACCAAAGAACAAAUCGACAACCUCUCCACCAGGAAUUAUGGGGAGAAUGACGCGUUAAAGACUUGCAGCGUGUGCAUAAUGGAAUACAUAGAAGGAAACAAGCUGCGCAAGCUUCCCUGCUCCCAUGAGUAUCAUGUCCACUGCAUUGACCGCUGGCUUUCAGAAAACUCAACGUGUCCCAUCUGCCGCAGGGCAGUCUUGGUCUCAAGCAACCGAGAGAGUGUGGUCUAAUAAAGACCACAUAUUAGAGUAUUUUUCAUAUUUUCUGUUUGUGCAAUAGUUAGCUGUAGUGAAAAAUAAAAUAAAAAACAAAAGAAGAAAAACCUGUAACUUUGUUCUUAACCCUAGUGGCGGGAGUUCUAUCUGCAUAAACAAAUGCAUUCCCUUUAAUUGUUAAUAGAAAAAAAGCAAAACAUAUAAAGCUUUUUCAAGGGUUUCUGUAAGUUUUCAAUGCACUGUAGUAUUAUUAUUAUUAUUAUUAUUUAUUAUUAUUAUUAUUAUUAUUAUACUAUGGAUUGAAACAUUUACCAUGCUUGGAAAUAUGUGAGGUUAGGGGAGGCGGGACGUUGGCCCUUCACUUUCACCCUAAUUAAUAGAUUGCAGUGGCCUAACUUAUUUGCCUUCACAUGUGUAAAGAUAUAACCUAGCUUUUUUUUUUUUUAAACUUGCAUUCCUGGUAUUAUUGGGAGCACAAGAAGAUCCUAUUUUCGUGAGACUGUCAGGAGUAACCAACUUCUUCGUAUAAUGGAAUAUGUGGUUUAUUCCAUGUUCUAUGAGUACAUGAUUAAUUAGAGCUGUUCUGCUGAUUUUAUUGCACACUUAACAGGUGUGCUGUAACCAUUCUAAGAGGUUUUUUCAUCCGUCAAGCAGAUGUUAGUUAAAAUAAAUAAAUGAAGUUGGCCAAAAUGCUCCUCAUAGGGCUUGAAACUCACGGUAUCCCUGUGCCCAGUUUCAGAAAUAACUUUUAAUAAAUAUUCUGUAAAUGGUUAGUUUGAAGUUAAUUAAUUAAUUGUUCCUCCCUUAUAGCUGCAUGAACAAGCCUUAUUAGUAAACCUGCAGUUUACCAUGCAGUGAUGGAUGUGAUCAAUUCAGAGGAGAUUUACCAAGGGCCUGAUCAUAAUAUACCUAAAGAAGGGACGUUUUAAAACCCAGGACUGGUUGCAGUGCUAGUGUGAGUUUCAAGCCCUUCAUCUAGAUAGUCUGAUUUUUUUAAAAGCUGUGUAAUACUUUUUUCCCCAUUUACACCAUAUUUUGUUUAAACAUUUGUCAGCAUUUGUGCUGAGAAGUGAAUGCAUUUGUAUAUGUUGCAAAUAACCAGACUGUUUUACCCUUUGGAAAGGUGGUUUAUUUGCAUGGUAAAUAGUAUGUUAUUCAGAGAAUUUGUCCUGUUUUAUAUAUUAAAAACUAAAACAAAAAAUCGUAUUUAACAUGUUUUGUACAAGUAGUAGUGACAGAUUUGGGGAAUCUUAAUAUGAAGUAGUUUGUAUAAAAAUCCAGAAGUCUAAUAUGUAGUAACAAUUGGUAAAAGUGUUUGAUUGAACUACAUUUAAAUCAGAGAUAUAUUUGGCUAUCCCCAUUCAUAUUUUGUUACAUUCAAAUUACCUUUAAGUAAUUUUUAGGACGUUUAGGUUAUUGCUCUUUCUUUUUUUUUCCUUUCUGCAUGCAUCACAAUACUAUGUCCAUCAUAUUUGGGGCUCUGCUUGCAGGCACAAUUUAAAAAAAAUAAAAAUAAAAUUUACUUUAGCUGCCCUAAGUCCAAAAAAUAGGCACUGUUGAAACAGCUUGGGAGUGAAUUCCUCAUAUCUGUCACAAGUCAAAACAUUUCAGCUAUCACUCUUUUAUUUUACUCCUUUCUAACAUCUUAAUGACCUAAUACUCCAAGCAGGAUGAAGUGCAAAGAUUGAUUGCAUUUGGCAAAAUUUAGGAAUACAUACUCUAGAUAGCAGUUAGUUUUCCUUUUCUGUUUAUUGCACAUACAUUGUUUAACCAUUCAGUAAGAGUUCCAAAAGUUGUGACAGCACUUUUUUUUUUUUUGUUAAAACUGUCUUUACUGCUAUUGCGCUAUCCUGUUUUAAUGUGGUUUCAGUGGUACUGUUAUAUGUAACAUCUUUAAGAACGUUUUGCCUUAAGUGAAUCACCAUCCAAAUUUCUUUAUAUUUUUUCCAUCUAAUAUUCGUGCUUUGGGGGGGGGGGUCUAAAAAUUAUAUUCAAUUGCCUUCUGCUCCAAAAAUAACUGCUGGUUUCUGGAGAUAGUAAUAGCAUGCUGUUUUCACAGUCUGGUGGUAUAACCAAAAUGAGUCUUACCAGGUUUUAGUUGGUAAGACACAUGAUUUUAUAUAUUGACUCUGAACAAGAGAAUACAUAUUUCUAUUGCAUUUUGAAGGGUCCAAGAGGGCACCAGGGGCACCCUAACUUGCCUUUAACCUCCAGAUAAUUGCAUGCGACAUAUGUUUCUUCUGAGCUUAUCGCCACAACUGCAAUUGCAAAAUAAUCGUACGUUUACUAUUAAGACAGACACAAUGUUCUUUAAUGGAGUUAAAGCAAAUAACUUAAUUUAUGAAAUGCUGUGUUACUCGCUAUGUGGGUUUCAAAUUCUUGGUUGUAAAAGAAUCUGUCAGUAACUUUUUAUAGUAACUAAAUUAUUUAAAAAUGAUUUUACAACCAAGAAUUUGGAACGAGGAUUUCAGUUGAUUUUGAUGUCAAAUGAAUUUAAGGUUAAAAACAAUAAAUAACCUUUUAGUCCUUUUUAACUUUCAAGAUUUUGUGAAAAGAUAUACUAUGACAUUGAAAGUUAAUUCAAGUACUUGCAGUUGAACUGCUUAUUUUAUUAGACUUGGUAGUUUGAUCAUGAAUUGAUCAUUUGUUUAUAGCUGUGCAUCAUUAUUGGUGCAUGUAUAAAUUUUACACUAAGUAGGACUUGCGUCUGUUUGUGGAAUCAGCUUUGAAAAGCUAGCAUUCUAGCGGCGACUGACGCAAAUGUAGAAUGAAACAGUGUUAAUGUUUUUAAAAACCCCUUAGAAUAUUGUCUCCCAUUAGGAGACUUAUUGGUAGAUUUUCCCUUUUUUAAGGGAAAUUGGCACUUUAUUUGGAACAUUCUCUCCUAAGGCAAAGUGUGUGCUUUAAAGAUAUGCUGCAAAAAAAGUAAUAGGUUCAGAUCUUGGUCUUAUUUUAGCAGUUACACCCAAUAUACCAAACAGUGAUGUAAGUUCUGUAUUUUAUAUUUGGAAUAUUACUUAUCUCCAGUAAUGCAGAUUGACCAGCUGGUGGUGCUGCUGCUGCUGUCAGAUAAAUAGAUGCUUCCAGUAACACCAUCUAUGGUAUUGUAACAUUGGAAGUCAUGCCAGAUUACAUAAUAUAAUAUUACAAUUGUGUAAUCCAGUGCUUGUGCAGGCAAUGUAUUUGAUCACUUGCUUGUAACUGCUAUUAAAGAUGAUAUCUGAAAUGUAUGGAUUUCAUUAGUUCAAGUGAAAUCCAACCCACUUUCAUUGUUAACACCUGGAAUGUAAGAUACUGUCAAGUCUUGAGGAUGAGGUUGUUUCUUUCAUUGAAUAAAUCUCUCGAGGAUGAAUGUGCUGCUGCUUCUCUGCUCUGUACAGGAUUUGAUUAAUGUGUUUAUUUUAUUUUUUUCUAACUGUAGAAAAUGUGGUACAUCAUAAUUCUGAUUGUUCAUUCUGGGAAGUUGUAUUUGAUUUUAUAUAUACUAUUUACAGUAGAUAUAAAAAUCGCAUUCAAACUGAGUUUGGUUAUUUGUAAAUAAUAAACAUGCAUGAAAAGCAGAUCUGUGCAACAAAA